AUGAGAGGCUCGGAGAGGAAAGGAGAAGGAGAGAAGAGUUCAGAAGAGAAGGCUAGGCGUGAACGAGAAGAGAAAGUGAGGAUUGAGAGGGAGAGAGAAGAGAGGGAACGGAAGGAGAAGGAGAAGGCUGAACGGGAAAAGAUGGAGAGGGAAAGGAAGGAGAGGGAGAGGAGGGAGAGGGAGAGGUUUGAGCGGGAGAGGGUGGAGAGGGAAGAGAGGGAAAAGCGGGAGAAAUUGGAGAGGGAACUGGAGGAACGAAGGGAGAAGGAGAGGCAAGAGGAGAUGGUGAAAGUGAGACAGAGAGAGCGAGAGCGGUUGAGAGAGAUUGAGCGAGAGAUGGAUCGGCAGAGGCAGGCGCGAAUUGCAGCGGAAAGGGAGAGGGAGAAGGAGAGGGCUGAGGAGCGAGAGAAGGAACGGCGGAAAAUGGAAGAGGGGGAGAAGGAACGGGAGAGGGAGAGGGAGAAGGAAAGGGAGAGGGUGAGAGUGGAGCAGAGGCAAAGAGAGGAGGAACGGCGGCUGAGGCGGGAGCGAGAACUCCAGAGGCGGAAGGGGAGGCGCGGACAUGAGCUAUCAGCAGCUGCUAUGGGCGAUCCUCUUCGCGUGUGUUCCUGGGUUGCGGGAGUUGGAGAGUUCUUAACUGUUUCCGACGAGCCCUCUGGCUCGUUUGGAACACCAUAUCAGGCGGCUCCGGAUCAUUCUCAGGUGCUGCAGCAGUGGGUGCAGCGCGCAACCCACUUCCACAUCAGGCUGGGAUCCGACGUGGCGCCAGCAUCAGCUGCAGCUGACGUGGCAUCGGCGUCAGCUGUAGCAGAGUUUUGGCGGGGUGUCAGGGCAGCAGUGGAGGCAGCAGAGGAUGUGGCUAUAGCGGGGGGUGAAGAGCAGCAGGAGGGCGUGACUGUGACUGCAGGCGCGUGUGACUUAGGUGCAGUGCGACAGCUGCAGGGGAAUGCGAGGAAGCGAGUGGCAGCAGCAGAGGCGAUGGCGCAGCAGGCGGGGGCGUUUGAGUCCACGUGUGGGGCAGCUGGGCGGGGGAGCGAGGAGGCGGUUAGGGUGGCGAUUCAACAGCUCAUGGAGAGGGGGAAGAAAGCAUCUGGUGGGCAUGUGCUGCUACAGCCGGCCAAGGCUGCUCUAGCUGAUCUAAGGGAGGCCCGCGAUGUGCUGGACGUGUGGCGGCAUGAGCUGGCACAACUUCACUCGCGCCUAGUCAGCGUCGUCUGUCGCUCCCAGCUGACGUCAGCGAUGCAGAUGACGUCAGCACACAGCCGCAUGACCUGGCAGCUGGCAUCGCCAGCCCAGCUCCCGGGCCAGGACCACACGGUGGCCCCUGCUGACGUGGCAAUGGCGUCUGCUUGCGCUUUCCUGGAUCAAGCCAUAGAUAUCCGGCAGCAGCACGAGGGGUGGGAGGAGGCCAUGGCAGCAGCCGCGCUGGUGUGCUCAGUGGAAGCUUCCUCCUCAGGCAACAGCAGCAGCACUGGUGCUGCUGACGUGGACAGGUGGAGGCGCUUCCUGGAGCCACUCACAGACAGCCACGUGGCAGACAUUCUCGAAGGCGACCUUGCCAGCUGGCGGGCGGUGCAGGGCAUCUACUGGGCGGCAGUGGCCCGGGAGGAGGAGGCGCUGGCGGGGCUGCUGCAGGCGCGACUGGGGGAGGUGCCAUCUGCCAUGGGGCGGCUGCAGCUGCUGGCGCAGUGCUCGUCCUUUACUGCCCUGCCCAGGGUGUCAGCGCGUCUCCAGCACGACUUGCAGCAGAUGCUGCAUGAGGUGGCAACAGCACGCCUGCAGCACGACUUGCAGCAGAUGCUGCACGAGGGAACGGAAGUUGACACGGCGCGUCUCCAGCACGACUUGCAGCAGAUGCUGCAUGAGGUGGCAACAGCACGCCUGCAGCACGACUUGCAGCAGAUGCUGCACGAGGGAACGGAAGUUGACACGGCGCGUCUCCAGCACGACUUGCAGCAGAUGCUGCAUGAGGUGGCAACAGCACGCCUUCAGCACGACUUGCAGCAGAUGCUGCAUGAGGGAACGGAAGGUGUCAGCGCGUCUGCAGCACGACUUGCAGCAUAUGCUGCACGAGGUGGCGGCAGCCUUCUAAAUGUGCUGCUCCCCCCUUCUGCCCUUACCACCCUUCCGCCGCCCCCCUUUCGUUUCUUCCUUCCUCCCCUAUCUCCAUUCCCCAUCCUCCUUCCCUCUCGGCUCUUCGUCCCCACCCUCCAACUCCCUAAUCUUCCCACCUCCCAUUCCCCAUUCCCAAUUCCCCAAUCCCCGACCUCCCUUUCUUCUCCCACAUUCCAUCCCCCUCUCGUUCCUCAUUCCCCCCUCCCUGUCCGCCACCCACCUUCCCCCUCCCCGUUUCCUCUUGCCAGACGUGCGAGCAUUGGAGGAGCAGCUAUGGCACCCAACAGCAGCCUGCCACUGGUGACGGACGGUGGGCUGCGGAGGUCGAUUGCUCGGUUGUUGGAGGAGGCUUUGCAACAGACAGACCCUCAGAAGACCGUCAACCAGUGGCUGCAAGAGAAGCUCGUUCCCAUCAGCAACACUGGCAACAGCAGUAGCAUGAGUGCGGAGGAGGCAGAGGAGGCACUGAGGGGCCCUGUGCUCGCCCCCUGCUCGUCCCGCCCGCCCCUGGCUGACGUCAGCAACAGCAGCGCGGCAACAGCCGGGGAGGAGGAGCAGGCAGAGCCGCUGCUGCAGCUGCAGAGCGGUAAGAAGGGGUUGGGGGUAAGGGAGAGUGGUGGUAAGGGGUUCUGCAUGGCAGGAAGGUCGUUCUUGGCAAUCUGCACGGGCCAGGGCGUGGUGUGGGAGGAGGAGGACGAGGUGGAUGAGUUUGCAGUGUGCCUGUGGGAUGCAGUGGAGGGGGUUUGGUGUCUCAGUCACACCUCCCUUUUGAAUCCUGAAUUCCCCUCUUGUUCCCUUGCUUCCUCAACCCCCAUCAUUACAGGCCAGGGCGUGGUGUGGGAGGAGGAGGACGAGGUGGAUGAGUUUGCAGUGUGUUUGUGGGAUGCAGUGGAGGCGUUUUCAGCCGCUGCUGCUGCAGCCAGGGAGAGGCACGACGCGGCAUGGCAGUGCCUGCAGCGCGUCCGAUCGUGUGCCUAUAAGGACUUGCCAACUCAUCUGCGCCAGCUGGCGCAUGCGGUGAUCGCAGCAAUCUCUCGGCCGCCAUACCCGGCUGCCACGUCAGCUGCCAUGUCAGCAGAGUGGCAGCGUGAGGUGGCUGCCACGUGGGCGGCCCCACUGCUGAUGCAAGCACAGGCGGCAGUGGGGAGAGAGAUUGAGGCUGUGCUCUCAAUGCAUAAGCCCUCUGUUACAGGAGAGGAGCGCGCAGGCGGGGGAGCAGACGCAGUAGGGGCAGCAGGGGCGGCAGGGGCGACAGGGGUAGUGGGAGGAGAUUUGAAGGGGGAAGAUGGGAGUGAGACUGAGUCGUUUGUGCUGCAGCUGCUUCAGGAGCAGAUGGGGAUGCUGACGCACCGAGUGGCUGUGAAGGGGAGAAUCGAGUCAGGGACAGGGGUUGCUGAUGCAGGGAUAGGCACACGCGCAGGGGCAGGAGCAGGCGGGAGGAUGGAGAUAGAGGUACAGCCUCCUCUCUCCGAGUCACAGCAGCGGUUGCAGGACUGUAUUCAGCUGUUGCUCGCCCCCGCCCUCUCUGCUGCUGCAGAGGCCAAUAGUGUACUCUCCUCUGCCUCUGCUGCUCUCCAGCUUCCUGCCUCUGCCGCUUUCCCUCCUGCUGAUGUCACCCCCACGGCUGCCGGUAAUUUCAGCGACGUCAGCAGUAGCAGCAGCGUCAGUGCGGGUAGCUGUCACAGCACAGCGAGGGGGGGGGCUGGGGUGGGGAGUGUGUUAGCUGUGAGCUGUGUGGUGCCGGCUCGGCUGGAGGCGUGUGCUUCCGCCUCCUCCCUCCCUCCCUCUUCUACUGAUCUCUGGCGAUCCCUUAUAGACGAGAUUCAGCAGGUUCGGAACCAGCUGGCUGCCAAACCUGCGUUGGUUAGGUUCGGCGCUGCUGACCGAACCUCGCUCCUAGCCUUGGACGCAGGCUCGGUGAGAGAGGCACUGGUGGGUCGGUGUGAGGCUUGGAUACGGGCGGCUGAGGAGGAUAUAGAAGGGCGGGCGGUUCGGGGGUGUAGGGAGGCGGUUGAAGAGGUAUUUGAGCUGAAGAAACUAUUAGAAGGGAUUAAGAGGGAGGCAGAGGAGGAAGUUAUGGGGAGAGAAAGGGAGCAGAGGAAAGUCCGACCGAGGGAGGGAGAGGGGAGAGAGGAGGGAGAUGGGGGAGAGGAGGGAGAGGAGGGUGAGGAGGGAGAGGAGGAGCAGGCAGCUAUGGGUAAUGGUGGUGUUGGUAAGAGUGGUGGGUUGAGUGGGGAUGUGCGGAGGUUGAUAGAGCAUUUAGAGAGAGUGAGGGAGGCGGAGAGGAGAGUAGUGGAGGAGGAGGAGGAGGAGGAGGAGGAGGAGGAGGAGGAGGAGGAGGUGGGGAGAGUGGUGGGGAGGUUGGAGAGGGUGGUUGCAGAGGGGGAGGAGAUGCAGCGGAUGUGGCUGUUGAUUAACCAACUCUUGGAUGUUAUUGCGUCUGUGGAGGGGAUUAGGGUUGCGGAUUUCAACCCUGAAUCGGACUUAACCCCUCUGCACUCCGCCUUGAGCGACGUGAAUCAGGAAGAGGAAGCUUUCGGGCAGCACGGCGCGUUCCGGGCAGUUCAGUCCUCUGCCCGGAAACUUAUUGCCAGCCUAGGUCUGGUGUCGAAGCUAGUUAAAGCCUCACUGCAAGAGGCCCAUUGGAGAGCCCUCGCCCGAGCCUUGGGUUUCCAAGCCAAGGGCGGGCUCGGCGCCGGAGGUACGCUCCAGGUUCGGGAUCUGGUUCGGGCGCUGGGAGGCUUGGAGGGCCGGGCGGCGGCAGAGCAGGUGUUAUCUGCCGUACAGGGGGAGGUGGCUCUGAGACAGUUUAUGGAUAAGGUUGAAAAGGAGUGGGGCGAGCAGGAGUGGGCGUUUAAGGGGUUUAGAGACAAGUGGAAGAUUGUGGGGAAUUUAGGGGUGGUUGGGGAAAUGGUGUUAGAGCAUUUGAGUAUGCUGGGGGCAAUGAAGCAGUCUCCCUUCUUCCCGCCGUUUAGAGAGGCUGUGAGAGAGUGGGAGGGGCGGCUCGGGCGGCUGAGUGAGCUGGUGGACGCACUAGCAGACGCGCAAUCCAAGUGGGUCCGUUUGGAAGCACUCAUGACGUCACCCGCCGUCCGGUCCAUGCUACCUGACACGCACCGCGCCUUCCACGAAGCUUCCCUGCCGUUCACGGGGUUUUUGGGCUCGCUCGCUGCCCGCCCGCUCGCGAUCGACCUGGAGGGCCUGGCGGAAGAGGACGACGGAGCGGGCCGGCGGGUUUUGGCGGUUUGUGCGGAGGUGUUUGGGCGGGUGCUUUUGGAGGUUCAGGCGCAUCUGGACAAGCAGAGGCGGAUGCUGCCAAGGCUGUACUUCCUGGGCGACGAUGAUCUGCUGCAGCUCAUCUCUGCAUCCCCUUCAGAUCUCUCUGCUGUGCACGUGCACAUUCGCAAGCUCUUCACAGCAGUCUCGGGCAUUGAAGUAUCGGCAGUAUCUGAUAGCAGCGCGGCAGAGGAUAUAGUAGCACCUUCGGUGGAUGCGGGGAAGAGAGUAUUUAUCACCGCAGCUCUUUCGGACGAAGAGAGGCUUGUGCUGCACCAACCGGUGGAGCUUGCGGAAGGAGCUGCCACGUCGGCGGGUGCCACGUCAGCAGGUGCCACGUCAGCGGAUGCCACGUCAGCGGAUGGGCAGAAGCCCGCAGGAGCCACCAAGUGGCUGCUGGAUCUCGACGUGGCACUGCGGACGACUCUCAGCGACCUGGUUGUGUCAGCGAUCGCUGAGCUGGCGGCGUGCGAGGGAGGGGAGGAAGGAGAGGGUGGAGAAAGAGGAAAGGGUGGAGGAGGAGGAGAGGGAGGAGAGGGAGAGGGCGAGAGAGGAGAAGGGGAGGGCGGAGUGGGAGGGGUGCAAGGGAGGGGCGGGAAGGAAGCGGGGCUAGAGUCGCUGGUGGGAGGGCUGGAGGGGCUGCUGCAGUGGCUGGCUCGUGCAGUGAGGGAGCUGAGAGAGCUAGCAGGUGGCGCAGGUAGGACAGGGAGGGAAGGGGCAGGGGGGGCAACAGGGGGAGUAGCGGGGAGCGCAGGUGGCGAGGAGGGGAGGGUGAUGGAGGCGAAGUGUGAGGCGGUGAUUACUGUGCUGGUUCACCUGCUGGAGAGCAGUAAGGCGCUGCUGGUGGAGCAGCGGGAGGAGCAGGCACGGGGAGAGGCGGAGGAGGAGGAGGAGGAGGAUAAGGGGAAUAUGGGGUGUGCAGGACAGCAGCAUCAGCAGAAGCAGGAUCAGCAGCAGAAGCAGAUUCAACGGCAGGGGCAGAAUCUGAAGUGGAAGGAGAGGAAGCAGCACGGGCUCUCCCUCUCCUCCUUCGCCUGGCGAAAAUGCCUCCGAUACUACCUCGACCCGUCCCUCCCCCCACUCCACCGCCUCUCAGUCCAAAUCGCAGACGCCUCUUUUACCUACGGGUUUGAAUACUCUGGUUGCACUCCCUCCCUCGUCCGCACCUCCCUCACAGACCGCUGCUUCCUCGCACUUUCCCAGGCGCUCUGGCACGGGCAGGGCAGCGCUCUGAUUGGUCCAGCUGGCACGGGGAAGACGGAGACGGUGAAGGCGCUCGGGCGGCAGCUCGGGCGGCCGGUUUUGGCGUUAUCCUGUGAUCGGAGCUUUGACAGUGCGGCAGUGGGAAGGGUUUUGGAGGGAGUGGCGAGGCUGGGCGCGUGGGGGUGCAUGGAUGAAUUCAACAGGUUGGAUGAGAGCACAAUGUCGGCGAUUUCACAACACCUGGUGGCCAUUCAGGGCGCGCUGAGGGAGGGACGGAGGGAGGCCGUGUUGGCUGGUGCUGCCGUGCCCGUGCAUCCUGCCAGUGGCAUAUUCGUGACGCUCAACCCGCGCUAUGCAGGCAGGGACCACCUGCCUGAGAGCCUGUCCGCUCUGCUGCGACCCCUCACAGUCGCCACCCCUGAUGCAUGCGCCAUCGCCCAUGUGACUCUGCUGUCGUGUGGGUUCUCGCAUGCUGAGAGGCUGGCCGAUGCUGCCACCCGCAUCUUCCAGGAGUCGGAGCAGUGCCUUGCACCCCAGCCUCAGUACGACUUCAGCCUGAGGGCGCUGAAAGCGGCUCUCAAGUCCGCUAGAUCUGUCAUGCUGGCACAGACGGAAUUGGAAGGGGGUGCAGGUGAGGGUGAGAGUGAGGGAAGGGAAGGUGAGAUGGAGGGGUUGAUUGAGGGUGAGAGUAAGGGGAGGAAUGGGGAAGAGGGUGUGAGUGAGGGCGAGAUACAAGGGAAGGGUGAGGAGGAGGGAUUUGUGGAAGAGGAGAAAGAGGAGUUUUAUGAGGCAGAAGAUGGGGAGGAAGGGGAAGAAGACGAAGGGAAGGAGGCGGGGAGGCAGGAGGAGGAGAAGGAGGAGGAAGAGGAAGGGGUGAAACCGGAGGUGAGAGAGGAGGCAUUGCAAGUAGAGGAAACAGAGGAGGGAGAGCGGGAGAGAGAGGACGGCAUGAUAGAGGAGGUAAAGGAGGAGAUAGAGGCGGAAGAGGAGGAGGAAGGUGGGGAGGAAGAGGACGAAGAGGCCCACCGUGUGUCGAGAUGGCCGUUGGAGACACGCUCCCUAGUCCAGGGCAUUUUUGGCCAGCUGGCAGCCAAGCUGGCACCUGCUGACGUGGCAACCUUCCGCGGGGUGGUUUCCCGGAACCUUCCGGACGUGGCUGUGGAGGAGACGGGCGACGCUGAGCUGGCAGCGGCGGUGGAGGCGGUGUGUGAGAGGGAGGGGUACGUGGCGAGCUGUGAUUGGACGAGGAAGGUGCUGCAGAUGGCGAGGCUGAUGGGGCUGCAUCAGGGGAUCAUGCUGGUGGGCCCGCCUGCUGGGAAGACAACGGCUUGGAGAGUGCUGCGCAAGGCCCUGGAGUCAUCGCAAGGCGUGCAGGUGUCGGUAACAGUGGUGGAUCCCAAGAGUCUGUCCAAGGAGGCACUGUUUGGGAGCGUUGAAGCGACCACCCGGGAGUGGCAGGACGGCGUGUUCACACGGGCUUUAAGGGCUGUUGUGAGGGAGUACGAGGAGGAGAGGGAGCAGGAGGCGGGAAGAGAGGGGGUGGAAGGAGAGGGGGAGGAGGGCGAGGGGGUGGGGAUGCAGCAAGGAACAGGAGGGAAUGCAGGGAGGGGCGUGGAGUGGCGGCGGCGGCACUGGUUUGUGUUUGAUGGGGAGGUUGAUCCCAUCUGGAUCGAGACUCUCAACUCACUGCUGGAUGAUAACAAGGUCAUGACUCUACCAACAGGAGAGCGCCUCCCUCUCCUCCCUCACAUGCACUGCAUAUUCGAGUGCCCCUCUCUCGCCCACGCCACUCCCGCCACCAUCUCUCGCCUCGGAGUGCCGCUGCUACAGCCGGUGCUGGCUGUAGCGCUGGCCGCGCUACAGCCCGGCGGGCUGCUACAGCAGGCUCUGGAGGCCGCUGCUGCUGUCAGUGGCGCUGCUACUGGUGCCAAUGGUGCCAGCGCUGCCAGUGGUAAAAUCGUUACAGCUGCAGGUUCGGCCGAGGCAGAUUCCAUUCCCUUUGACUCCAUGCGUGCUCUUCGUUCGGUGUUCCUGUACUACUGUUACCGAACCUCGGACCUCUGCCAAACCUCCGCCUCCCAAGCCACGCCUUCCAAGAGCGACGCGCUUGAAGCAGCAGGUGUGCGGAGCGUUGAAGGGGGAGUAAAGGGAGGUGCGAAUGGGUCGAUGGCGGUGGUGGGGAGAUUUACCAGGAAAGCAAUGGUAGAGGCGAUUAUGGCAUUGGUUGCAGGGGGAAUGAAUGUUACCUCUCGCUCUGCCUUUGCACACAGAUUAGCUGGUAUUUUGGCGUCUGAGGGUGGGGCGAAGGAUGACGUGGCAUGCCGUGCCACGUCAGAGCAGCUGCUGAGCUGUUUCGCUGACGUGGCGAGCGGCCAUUGGAAGCCGUGGGAGGCGGCUCUGCCGGGGUUGGCUGAUGCUGAUGCGGCUGUUGGGGGGUGUUUUGGGGAGGAGGAAGAGGAGGAGGAGGGAGAGGAGGGAAGUGUGGGGGAGGAGGAGAGGAGUAUGAGUUACAGAAGGGGAAGUGCUGCUGCUGCUGGUCGGAGCAAUGGCAGUGUGGGUGUUACAAAGCAGGCGACCUGCAAUCCCGCUUCAGAUGUGGGCAGGCAUGAACUGCCUGUACGCCUUACAAGGCACCUCACUGUUGCGCAUGUUCCGUUCCCGUCUGGCGCGGCUCUUACAAGGAUCUACAGCACGUUUAUAAGGGGGAUAUUGGCCCGGUACGGGCCUGGGGUGGCAGCGGAGGCGCAGGUGGAUUCUCAGGUGGUUUCUCAGGUGGAUUCUCAGGUGGUUUCUCAGGUGGGCGCGUGUCUGGCAGCGGCGAUGGUGGAGGUGUAUGAGGCGUGCGGGGUGCGGUUCACUCGGGCAGUGCAGCAGCACUAUGUGUGCAGUCCUAGGGAACUCACCAGGUGGACUAGAGGGAUCCGAUUCGCUCUUGUGCAUGGGCAGAAAGCGGUUAAGAGGGGUGCGGGUGGGGCGGGUGGGGCGGGAGGGGAGCGGGCGGAGAAAGGGGUGGUUGAGAGGGGUGACAAGGGUGGAGUGAGUGGGAAGAGUGGUAAGGGGCGUGUGAGUGCAGGUGGUGCGAGAUUGGGUGGUGGUGUGGGGGUGGUUGGAGCAACAAGUGCACAUACAGGCGCUGGGGGUGCUGCUAUUGGUGGUGAGGGGGAGAGCAGCUGGGCGGGAAGGCUUGUCCUGAUGUGGCUGCAUGAGGGGAUGCGGAUCUGGUAUGAUAGGCUGGUGGGGGAGGAGGAACGGGAAUGGACGGCAAAGCUGCUUUUGCGGGUGGCAAAGGAUAAGAUACUCCCGGUGCUGGUGCCACUUGUAGGGAACACACUUAUGACGAGUACAGGGAAUUCUGUUGCUGCUGCUGAUGGUGUUGCUGAUGGUGUUCCUGCUGUGCCUUUCUCACUACCUGCCGACCCGAGCCGGUUGGUGUUUUCGUCUCUUCUGACGGGACGGUACGAGCCAUGUGCAGUGAGCCACCUGAAAAAGCACCUGAAGUGGGCCUUGACAGGGGAGGCCCCGGAUGCUGCAGGAGGGGCAGGUGCCGGCCAGGUGAAACCAAGUGUUUCUUCAGGUGGUGGGGUAACAGAAAAGGGCGGGGACAGGAGAGGAGGAGCAGGCAAGCGGGCGGCAGGAAGCAGGGCAGGAGAGGUGGAGGAGGAAACGGGGAGGAAAGUUCUGGAGGAAUUGGAAGAAUUAGGGGUGGAGAAGGGGGAGGUGGAUGCAGGGGAGGUGCAAGCAGGGGAGGUCGUACUGACAGAUGAGUUUGUGUGUGCGGUGGUGAGAGCAGCAUCGGUACUGCAGCAGCCCAUGGGACACCUUCUGCUGCUGGGGCCGCCUGCUACUGGAAAAUCUACUGUUGCCAGGUCGGCAAUCGCUGCGACGGGAUUGGUGGAGGUUCGGGUGGCGCUGCACGCGGGGUUCGAGGAGCGCCAGCUGGACGGUCCGCUGGAGGAGGCGCUGCGGGCGGCGGGGUGCGACGGGCGGCGCGUUUGUCUUCUUCUGGAGGAGGCGCAUCUGGUGGAGAGCGCGGUUUUGGAGAGGCUCAACUCAUUGCUGACAGGGGGGGAUGUGCUUGGGCUGUUUGGAGCGGAGAAGCAGCAGGAGCUAUUGGAAGCCCUGCAAUUGGCUGGCGAGGCAGAGGGAAACGAGGAGGUAAUAUGGGCAGCCUUUAGAAGGAGGGUGCAAGGGAAUCUGCACGUAAUACUAACAAUGACCAGCCAGGGCAGCGCGCACAUGCGGCACAGCAUGCUGGCGUCGCCGGCUCUCUUCAACCGCUGCACCGUGCUCUGGCUGCCGCCCUGGGGGGACGCGAGCUUGGCGCCGCUUGCUCGGAGUGGUGGUGCUGCUGCUGGUGCUGCGAGUGGUGGUGCUGCUGGUGGUGGUUCUGGGGAAGCGAAGGAGAGGCAGUUGCUGGCGGAGCUUCUGGUGGCGAUUCAUGGCUGCGCUGUUAGUGCUGUUAGCGAGUCGCUCAAUAACAGAGCUUUUGGGAAGGCUGGGCUGGGAGGGGAGCAGCAGCAGCAACAGGAGGGGAGCUUGCAGCAUUCGUUCUCCCCAGAUUCCCUCAUCUCCCUCCGCUCCUUCUCAGACCUCCUCACUCACUUCCACUCCUCCGUCUCCCAUUCCCACCGCCGCGCACACCGCACCUUCCAGCACCUCUCCCUGGGCCUCACAAAGGUCACCGCCGCAGAGCAUCGCGUGGUACUCCUCCGAAAACACUUAGAACUCAAAUCGAAGGAACUCGAGGUGAAAGAAGCCGCGGCGAACGGGAAGUUGCAGCAGAUUGCGGCGGAGCAGGCGUUGGGGGAGAGGCAGAGGGCGGAGGCCCAGGGGCUGAUUGCGAGGCUGGACGAGCAGGCGAGGAGCGUGGAGAGGCACAGGCGGGAGGCGCAGGAGAAUCUGGAACGCGUGGAGCCGGCGGUUGAAGCGGCCAAGACAGCAGUCAAGUCAAUUAGGAAAUCUCAGCUGGAUGAUUUGAAGGCCAUGCCCAACCCGCCCAGUGCGAUCAAGCUGACACUCGAAGGCGUGUGUCUGCUGCUGACGGGUUUAAAGCCCACCACGUGGCAGGGCAUUCUUUCGGUGGUGCGACGCAACGACUUCAUCCCCUCUAUACUGGGAUGCGACAUGGAGGCCAUAGACCCCGUGCUGGUGCUGCGGGUUAAGCGAGAGUAUUUGGAUGCACGAGUUAUCUCCUUUGAUGCUGUGAACAGGGCGAGCAAGGCGUGCGGUCCACUCUUCUCGUGGUUGGAAGCAGCGGUGCAGUAUGGGGAAAUUCUGAGGGCCGUGCAGCCCAUGCGGGACGAGAUGGAGCAGCUGGAGGGGGAGGCGGGCAGCAUGGCAGAGGAGUUGAAACACGUGCAGGAGUCCAUUGGCAAUCUGGAGGAGCGCAUGGAAGCAUGCCGCGAAGAGCACUCCCUCCUGCUCUCCGCCUGUGAGGCCAUGCGCGCCGACAUCCACCAAUCAAAGCUCGCCAUGCAACGCGCCGCCAGCCUGGUCAAAGACUUAACAUAUGAGCGUGACCGUUGGAUGAAGCAGCGCGAGAUGCUCAAGAGCCGGGCAGCAGCGUGCUUAGGCGACGCUUUGCUAAGAGCUGCUAGUUUGGCGUAUCUGGGACCGCUGGAGCUCGCGGAAAGGCAGCGGCUUUUAGCUAAGUGGCAAGAGGUGGUGGGUUCCCGAGGGUUGAAGUUUUCGCAAGGGGGUGUGCUGAGGGGUGAGGUGGGGUUGGAGGGGGUUGGGGAGAGGGGAGGGGAGGGCGGUGAGGAGGGGUGGGGAGGGGUGGAGGAGGAUGAGGAGGUGGAGGAGGAGCGGGCGAAAUGGGAGGCGAUGGGGUUACCACAGGACGAUUACGCGUUACAAAACGCUGAAUCGGUGCUUAAGUGUCGCAGAGUGCCUCUGCUAGUAGACCCAUCUGGAAGAAUGGUUGAAUUCCUGAGAAAGGUUCUCUCCUGCUCUGCCCCUGCUGCUGCUACAGCCGAAUCUGCUACAGCCGAGUCUGCUACAGCUGAUUCUGCUACAGUCGAGAAUGCUACAGGCGAAAGUGGUCCUGGUUUGAGUGAUAGUCAGCGUUCAGGGGAAGUGAAACAGGAGAUGGGAGUGGUGUGUGUGAGCGCACAGGAGGAGGAGAGCGUGUUGGCACGGGCAGCGGAAAAAGCAGUCAGAUUCGGCCUCCCGUUGAUCAUCCGGGACUCCCUCCUUCCUCCUCUCUCCCCCUCUCUCUUAUCCAAAACCGCAGUGGUAACCACCGGGAUCUCGCCCUCGUGGCUGCGUCAGCACCUGCUGAGCCGCGUGAUUGGCCGGGAGCGCGCUGACGUGGCGCAGCAGCGGGACCGGGCGGCGGCUCUGCAGGAGCGUUGCCGAAGGAGGUUGCGCCAGCUGGAAGGGAGAUUGCUUGAGAUUAAAAAGGACGCUGCAGCAGUGAAGGCGAAGGCCAGAGAGGUGCGCCUGGUAAUGAGACAAGUCGACGCCGUCCGCACGCUGUACGCGCCGCUGGCGGAGGUCGGUGCGGCGGCGUUUUUUGUCCUUUCUGGGGCGGCUGCCGCCCUGCAGCAGCCGCUGUACAGAUUCUCGCUGGAUUUUUUCUUGCGGGCGUUUGACGACGCGAUUUCGGCUGCUAGUGCUAGUGAGUACCGGCACCACCUGCCAGUGGCCCUCGCCCUAUCCCGCUGCGCCAGGCUGGCAGAUGACGUGGACUGGGUUGGCCUGGCUACAACUGUCGCUGCAAAGUUUGCCACUACAGGGUCUGCUACGGGGAUGGGAAUGGAGAUUGGUACUGGCGAUGCUACAGGCACUGCUAAAGCCUCUGCUACAGCUUUGGACGCAGGCAAAGCAGCAAGGCAGAUUUCGGCCGCAGUGAAAGAGGAGCUCCAGCGUACGGCUGCUGGGGCAUCUUAUAGCGAGUAUGAGACCAGGAGGGGUGCUGCAAUGGGGGCAGUGGUUGGGUUUGUGGAGUCAAUGGUGGUCAACGCAGCCGCUGCAGGGCCUAGGGUUGUAGCAGUGGCAAUGGGUUCAGACGAUGCAGUGGCAGAAGCACAGCGGGCGGUGGAGGGAGGGGCGAGGGAGGGGCGGUGGGUGGUCCUAUGUAACGCGCACCUGGCCCUAUCCGUGCCCAGGCAUGCUGCGUGGCUUCAACUGCUGCUCAACUCGUUACAGUCACGCGCUCUGUCGGUGCCGCUGCUGCAUCGUGACCAGCAGCAGCAGCAGAAGCAGCAGCAGCAGCAGCAGCAGCAGCAGCAGCAGCAGCAGCAGCAGCAGCAGCAGCAGCAGCAGCAGCAGCAGCAGCAGCAGCAGCAGCAGCAGCAGCAGCAGCAGCAGCAGCAGCAGCAGCAGCAGCAGCAGCAGCAGCAGCAGCAGCAGCAGCAGCAGCAGCAGCAGCAGCAGCAGAAGCAGAAGCAGGUGCCAGUGCAUCGGGAUUUCCGGCUGGUGCUGACGGUGGAAGCAGCGGGGGCGGCUGUAAGGCUGAUGCCCCCCAAGCUGGUGGAGGCGUGUGACGUGCUCGUCAUGGAGGCGCCGGCUGGAGUUAAAGGCAGCAUGCAGAGGUCUCUGGAUUCCAUCCUCUCUCUCUCGGCAAGAGGCAGCAGCCAGUGGAAUGAGCGGCAGAGAGGCAGAAACUCAGUGGAGGGAGAAGCAGAGAGGGGCAGCAGCAAAUCCAGUGGGGAUACAGUAGUGAAGAGGCGACAGGGGAAGAAGCAGCAGAUGCUGCAAGUGCGAGGGGUUGAUGAGGAGGAGGAGGAGAGGAGGAGGCGGCAGAUGCUGCGGGUGCGGGUGGGCAUGGCAUGGGUGCAUGCGGUGCUGCAGGAGAGAGUGCACUAUGUGCCUCGGGGGUGGCUGUGCCCUUACACCUUCAUGGACCAUGACCUCACCUGGGCUCUAUCACUACUCCAAGCAUGGCAAGCAGACAACCCCGCUCACCUGACACCCAUGAACAGCCUACCGGCCGUGCGAACGCUCCUCCUAGACAUAGCCUACGGGCUCAAGAUGGAGUCUCCUGCAGACCAUGCCACUCUCUCCCGCAUCGUCUCGCACGUGUUUGGAGAUCCCAAGGCAUUUUUCUCGCCACGGUUUGCCCUCUCUCUUGCUCCUGCUGCUACUACUGCUGCUGGUGCUACUGGUGUUGCUGCUGGUGCUGGUGAUGCAGUAACCAGCAUGUCAGCGUUACUGAAAUUGCCUGACGAAGACACUGAGGAGGCGUAUACCAGCUGGGUCCAAUCACUGCCUGCCACAUGUCCACCUGAGUGGCUGGGGCUGAAGGCCGGGGAGGAUAGUGUGAGGUAUGCCAAGGAGAGUGCGCAAGUGCUCAAAGCUACAGUUGGAUUGAUGUUGGGAUCUUCAGCUCAAUAA